AACCUUCGUUUGCGUCGCGAAGUAUUAUCACAAAAAUCGAAUGAUGCCGGAAAACACCGAUACCCUCCGAUUGCUGUGAAAGGCACGAUGGCGGAUUCUCCAGUGAGUAACGAAGAUCAUAUUUUGAAGAUCGAGGCCCAGGAGGCCGUGAGAGAAGUAGCAUUUGCUGUCAAGUCUGUUGAAAUGUCCAAGUCUCUCCCAGUUACUGCAGAACUGGUCUACCUGAAUCUCAGGACAAAGGAAGAUGUACUGUAUUGUGUAGAACUUUCAAUCAGCGGUUUCCGGAUUGUGGGGAAAUCGUUUGACACUGUCAUGGAAGAUGAGCCUUCACGUUACUACGAGACGAUCUAUCAGCUGCUUGACACUGUCAGCCCCGAGUAUCGGAACACUUUCGGUGACACUCUGGCAAUGAGGCUGAAGGAACUCCAGGAGAAGGGAGACGACUCUUGACAAACUACCUCAGUUGUUAUUCAUUUGCUCUCAGUAUUGAAAAUAAGAUUGCCAAACUACUUUGUCUUUCCCCAUCAUGAAGACUUCCAACGCUUGCUGUGCUACAACCACAUGUGCCUUACUCUGAAGGAGAGUCCAGGUGAUGCUGACAUCGUUGUAGGGACCAUGUUGUAGUCAGCUGGGACACCGUCACUCUACAGCUGCUUGUUGAGUGCGAAGAUACUUACCUUAUAUGAAAUAUUCACCAUAAAUCAUUUUGAAGUA